AUGCAGUUACGGUUCCAUGUCCCUCCUAUAGCUGAGAAAAAGAUUUUGUCCUCUAUUAUUGGUCACAAGUGGAAAAACUGGAAGAGUGCAUUGAAAGCUAAAUAUUGGAGCCCUGGGCCAGUAGAGUAUUUAGUAGAUUAUCGUGAUAAAAGAGUUCUGCUGGAUCAAUGGGUCAAAAUUCUUGGUCAUUGGAACUUAGAGAAUGCAAAGGCAAAUGAGAUAGGGCAUCCCCCGAAUAAUGUUCAAUUAUAUGCCAAGUGUUAUCUUGAUCCAAAAGGGAACUCUACCACAUGUGGUGCUGCUUUGAGUACAUUUGCAACCCGGGGGGAGCAUCAAGUUCAAGAAUGUUCCGAAGUUGUGAUAUCAAGUCCAAAUAUAACAGAAUCAACACAACAAAGAGGUGGACCUUCACAAGUAAACUUGGGACAGCAUUUGUCAUCAUCAACUAUUGUCUCAGGCAAUGCUAUGGCAAAUCUCAAGGAUGGUGCAUAUGUUUAUUUGGCAAGUGUAGAUGAUCGCAACAAAUCAUGGCUAAAGGUAUUAUUUAUAGCACAGACCCAAAUGUAG